AUGGAGAAUAUUGAUCAACUCACGGUUUGGAAAUAUGAUCAUGCAAUACAAGAUUAUGAUCCAUUUGCUCCUCCUUUGCCAUUAUCUUCAUCAUAUGAUGAAAAUAAUAAUAAUCUUUAUAGAGGAAAUGCAAGUGAUUGGUCACAUUAUGGAUUUCCCAUGCUAGAUACCAAUUCUUAUGUCCCUUUCAAGGAUAAUUAUUUUCCUGAAAUUCAAUGUGAAACUGAUCUUACUGAAUUGCCAACACAAAUAAGUGUAGAAGACUUUGAUUUAUAUGAUGCUAAAAAUUUACUUCCAAUGGGGAAUGAAGUUGAUGCUGGAUUUUAUGCUGAAAAUAAUGUGUUUUCUAUAAGCAACAAUAUUGUAGAAAAUAAUGCAAAGGAAAUUAUGAAGGGUAAGCGUUGUAGAGAAGAGAAUAGUGCAAGAAUGUUAACAAGGAAGACAAUUUCUGAGUACUUCUAUAUGCCAAUUUCACAAGCUGCAAGAGAGCUUAAUGUUGGUCUUACACAUUUGAAGAAAAGGUGUAGGGAUCUUGGAAUUCAAAGGUGGCCACAUAGGAAACUAAUGAGCCUUCAAACCCUCAUUAAGAAUGUUCAAGAGCAGGGUGAUGAAAGUGAUGAAAAAAUAAGGAAUGCUGUUGAAAUAUUGCAAAAAGAAAUGAAGAAGGUAGAAGAAAAGCCAGAUUUGCAACUUGAAGAAAACACAAAGAGGCUUAGACAAGCAUGUUUCAAGGCCAAUUACAAGAAGAGAAGGCUCAUGGUCAUGAGAUUAAUGGAUCAUCAACACUCUUCAAUCAGUGAAAUUGAAAGUGUUAAUGAUCACAUAAGGGUUUAA